AUGUCGUUCUACGAUGUUCUGCAGCGAGGAGACGACUUUAUCCUGAAAGACCGUCCUGGACAGUCUCGCAUCUGGAACUUUUUCUCCCAAGCCACAUGCAUGGCCGUGGUGGGUGGUAGCAAGGCCAUCCUAGGUCUGUUUUACAACGUCAAUGUUAAGGGUCUGGAUAACCUAGACCACGGGCUUGCAAAAGCCCGCGCCGAGAACCGCGGAUUUCUCACGCUUAUGAACCACAUGUCUGUUUGCGACGACCCGUUUAUCUGGGCCUGUCUACCAUGGAGAUACUUCCUUUCGCUAGACGACAUUAGAUGGGGGCUUGCCGCCUCCAAUAUCUGUUUCAACUCGAAGGCGAGCAGCACAUUCUUUUCUCUUGGAAAGCUGUUUUCCUGUGAGAGAUUUGGCCGCGGGCCGUUCCAAGGGGGUCUUGACGCGCUGGUGCGAAUUUUGUCUCCGGACGAUACACUGGAUACUGACCAUAUUUUCCAAGGCACAGAGAAGAGCGCUCCAAUUGGCAGCACGCUAGCAAGCGACGUGCGGUCGUUCUACUCUCCGAGAUACACGCCGCCGGUUCUUCGAUACAAAACGUCGUGGGUGCACAUCUUCCCCGAGGGCUACGUUUGCCAGUUGAAACCCCCACACAAUAACUCGAUGCGCUUCUUUCGGUGGGGCACUGCCAGGCUGAUCCUCGAACCGACGGUGGCCCCCGUCGUGGUGCCCAUUUUCACUGACGGGUUCGAGAAAAUCGCUCCAGAGGCCAAGGUUGACGACGUGGUAGACUCUUUGCUCCCGCAGGGAAUCGGCUCCACCAUCACGGUCAACAUAGGCAAGGCCCUGGACGACCGCAUAAUAGAGGCCUUCCGUGCCGAAUGGCGUGCCCUGUGCGAUAAAUACCACGAUAAAUUGCAUCCGAACGAUCUCUCGUUUGAGCUCAAAUUCGGCAAGGAGGCAGAGGCUCUGCGCAGCCGUGUUUGUGACUAUUUGCGCGAAAAAGUCGCGCAGUUGCGGCUUGAAAACGGCUUUCCUCCCGAGGACCAGCGUCUCAAGUCGCAGAAGUUCUGGAGCGAAUACACCAAGACCGACGGCGCAAGUGCCCCGGACAUACAGUUCGUCGGAUACAACUGGGCUGUCCGUGCGUACCAAAAAAACACCAAGACGUACGACGAGUACGGCAACGAGAUCUCCAAGUGA